GUGCUCUUUAGCUAACGAUUGGCCAACGUAAACAUAACGCAAUGUACGUAAGCAAACAUGGCGGAUGAGUUGCAGUUGAGUUUUGUUGCCAUGUGAAAUUUGUCUGAAAUGGCACAGGUUCAAAACCCACGUGGUAAGCUGGGCAAAAUGCCCGUGAAGAAGAAGAAGAAGAACAACCCACAGUCCUCCAAGAAGGCCAAAAUAAACUACUGUAUUUUGUGUCGCAGGUCCCAUUUGAAAAUUGAAGCACACGAGCAUGUGCAUGGUAUGCUGCAUCACAGAGAGCUGGAGACAGUGCUGGGCAAGGAUUCAUUUCAUGAAUGUCAGGCGUGUAAAGCAUCCUCCAUGGGCUUAAAUGAGUAUGCUCAGCACAUUUCCACUGCGCAACACAAAGCCAAGUUGAAGAGUUUGAUUGCUAAAAAUAUAAAGCCCAUCUCUCUGUGUAAGACUCUGAGCAAAGAGACCAUGGCCCGGAUCUUGGAGAGAAACAAGACACUAAAAAAAGAGGAGAAGAAAGUAAAGGGCAAGAAAAAAAAGAAACAGAAGCAAGUAGCUGGUCAGCGUGCAAACAUGCAACAGGGAGCCAGCAAAAAAAAUGAAGUGAUGUCCAAACAAGUGAAGAUGAGGAGACUGCAACAGGAAACCUACCAGCAAGGAGGAAACAAUGCUGUUGUUCAAAACAAAGAGAAUAAAGUGUCCAGUCUGCAAAAGCCUCUUCACCAAAGAGAACCAACUCUGCAGAAUCAAAGCGGAAGAUUGCCUUGUUUGUCAGGAGAGCCUGCAGGUCAAACUCGUCAUUACCCUCAGGUUCGAGACCAGUUCACCCAAUCAGCUCAGCAGCUAAGGUAUGAUGAAAACUUUUCGGUCAAAAUUGAGAGCUCCCAAACAGGCAGACUUGUUAGAAGACCAGACAACACUCAAGCAGGUGCCGCUAACAAGCCAGGAAGAACAACAUGGCCUACCAUCAGCCAGAAUGGCUAUUACAACCAGCAAUACGAUGGAGACUUCACCAGUGAUCACCUUCCUCAUAAUGGAGCCAUCAUCUUCGUUCAUGACCAGAAUGAGAGUACGGGAUCUACUCAGCCAGAACAAGAAUGUUCAGCUCAACCCGCUUCAGCAAACGGAUCCGCCAACGCAGCUCCCAUACGGGAUGUCGACGUUAGUGCAAUGCUACGGCAAAUCAGGAGAGCGCUGGGCGUGAGGGAGCCGUGCAGAGCCGACCGUGAAGCCCGGAAGCAGAACAGUGAUGUAGGUGUCCGGGGGGCUGAUCGCUGCACCACGCAACAAGCUGGAGCUGAGAGAGAGCAGCAGACAGGUGGCUCCUUUAGGAACAAUGUCAAGAAGGCUGCACUUCAUAUCACCUCUGCUGCAGCUACACCUGUGCAAUCCUCACAGGUCAACAGCACUGCUCCCUCCAAUAUUGCUCCUCCUAAGCCAAAGCAGACAACAUUCAAAAUGACACAAGGAACAACUCAGAAUUGUGAGAAGAGCUCAGUGUUUGCAAGUAACUCAAAUGGACCAUCAAACAGCAGGGAGGGAGAAUCUCAAGGGACCCUCGACAGCCAGUGCUCGACCACAUCCUCUGAGCCCAACCUGAACAUCACCCGAAAGGUUCGAAUUGCCCAUGACUUAGCCAAAGUUCAGGGGGGAAAAGAGGCUAGGCUUAAACCAACACUGAAUAAAAUGUUCAGCUUAUCAGGGGCCAAGAGUAAGUCGAACUGGAGGACGAUAUAUGAGGAGACGAAAAGGAAAAAGCAGGAAAGGGGCAAAGGCACCCCCAGGUUUGGAAUUAAGUUGGCAAACCCUCUGUCUGACCAAGAAAGCUCAACACACGCAAAGGACAAUGACAUAAGUCUGUCAGAAGGCUUCCACUGGGAGUCGUUCCCAAACAGUCCUUCAGGUGCGCACUGGACCAAACUAGCUCCUCCGCCCCAGGACACAGCAAAUAAUGACUCUCGCCCAGAAACCCAGUCAGAUUCUGAGCUGCUGGAGCCUUCGGAGCAGCCUGGUGCAGCACUGGAAGGCUGCAGCAGUCAGACAGUCGAAGCUCUCUCUGUGAAGGUGGAGCCAAACUUGGAGGAUGAGAAUGGAGAUAUGAGAGCCAACAGUAGUGCUAGCAAGAGGAAACACAACAGGAACGAUGGCAUUUCUGAUAAGGAGCCAAGUGGAAAAAAGAAAAAAACAAAGUCAAACAAAGACCAGAGCCAAAUGGACCAGCUUCUGUCUGUGUCUCUGAGGGAGGAUGAGCUGAGCCACUCCUUGCAGGAUCUGGACAAGUCUCUGGUCCAGGCUCGCAAUGCCCUGCAAGCUGCCUACACAGAAGUCCAAAGACUCCUGCUAUUGAGACAGCAGUUUACUGCUGAGGUCAACAGUCUGAGAGCCCAGCGCAUCGAAAUCCUGCAAGGGAUGCAAGGAGGGUACACAGGUGCAUCUAAUGUAGCAGAGAAAGCCCCCACCUCAUCAGCAGGAGCUAAUGCUAGCGUGCAGCCAAGCCUCUCUCCCCUUCCUUCCUUUAGUGCUUUCCCGACCUCCUACAGCCAGCAACAAUCUCCUACAAACCAAGCAUCUUCCAUUAGCCCCCUUGCCCUGCCAACCAUGCCAGUAAAGCAAGAAAUAUUCCAACUAUCCCCAGCUGGACAGGCUAGUCAAUUUUCCAAAACAUUGUCCUGUAACUCUGAUACACUUCAAAUACCUGCAAGCCAACCUGUACCCUUGUUUCCCUCUGAUUUGCUCCCUUCACUGCUGCAUCAGUCACCACACUUAGCUGCUCAUACAACUGCUGUUACCCCUCUCAAACCACUCAAAACAGAGUGCUCUACAUCAACAAAUGAUUUCCCUGAAUCAUCUGCCGGGCAACAGACAGUGAGGAUGUCAGCUGACCCUGAUUCUGAGGAAGAGAUGGGAGGAAAUCUCUGCAUAGAACAAAUUAAAGAAAAAGAGCCAGCAGCAGAGAAGCCAGUGUCCACGUUUGACCCCAAAACAGGUCAAAAUGCAUCUGCUGCAGCACCAGACGACGAUGGAGGGAACGAGAGCGACGACUCUGUCAAAAUGGUGGAGCCCUCCGGCCUGGUAGUCAUCGACAUUGAUGAAUCGGACAAUGAGGAUUCACCAAAUGUUCCGGUCCACCGAGAGCCUCCUCAGAAGUCAGUCAGUGUGGAGUUCAGUUCUUUAAGCACACAGACGUUUCAGCAAAAUUACGUUGAGAGAAAAGUUCAGCCCACGUUUGUGCCAGUUGACGUGGGCGAGGAUGAGGAGCCGUCCGUGGGAUCUUUUUUCAAUCACACAGGCCCCGUCCACGGCCUCCAUGUUCACGAGGGUCGGUUGUACACAUGUUCAGGGGACAACACAGCACGGGCCUACAGUCUGAUGACCAGGGAAUGCCAAGCAGUAUUUGAGGGUCACACAAACAAAGUCAACUGUCUGCUGGUGUCGUCGCUCCCAAACAUGCCGUCACGCCUCUACACCGGAUCCAGUGACCAGACUAUUCGCUGUUACAGCAUAAAGACCACAAAGUGUCUGGAGCAGAUCUCUCUCUCAGACAGAGUGUUGUGUUUGCACAUUGCCUGGAACAGCCUGUAUGCUGGACUCGCCAAUGGAUCAGUGGCUAGCUAUGAGUUAAAGACUCUGAAGAACUUAGAUGUGCUUGAGUGCCACGGCCCGCGAGGUGUGAGCUGUCUGGGUACAGCACAGGAGGGCGCCCGCCGAGUGCUGCUGGUUGGCUCCUACGACAGCACCAUCAGCGUACGAGACGCCAAGAGUGGCCUGCUGCUGCGCACGCUGGAGGGUCACACCAAAACUGUACUCUGUAUGAAGGUGGUGAAUGACUUGGUCUUUAGCGGCUCCAGUGACACAUCUGUUCAUGCCCACAACAUCCACACGGGUGAGUUGGUUCGUAUCUACAAGGGUCACGAUCAUGCUGUCACAUCAAUAGUGAUCUUAGGGAAAGUGAUGGUGACAGCCUGUCUGGAUAAACUGGUCCGAGUUUAUGAGCUACAGUCCCAUGACCGCCUGCAGGUGUACGGGGGUCACAGUGACAUGGUGAUGUGCAUGGCCGUACAUAAAAGUGUGAUCUAUACAGGCUGUUAUGAUGGCAGUGUUCAAGCUGUGAAGCUCAACUUGAUGAAGAACUACCGCUGCUGGUGGCAGAAUUGCGCUCUGAUCUUCGGCAUGGCGGAGCAUCUUGUACAGCACCUUGUCAGAGAUCACAGCAACCCCAAUCUGCAAGCGGUCAAAUGUCGCUGGAGAGGCUGCAGCACAUUUUUUGGCACACAGCAGUCUGUUAAGCAGAAAUUGCCUGAACACAUGCAGAGACACGUGGAGAAUGACAGUACAAUACAGCCUUGACAGCAGGGGUGGUGAAGUGAUGCAGCAGAUUAAGUUGGAGUCGUGUUCAUUAUAAUACAUCAGCUGAUUUCUUUUUGUUUCAAAGUUCUUUUCAGGGUGUUGUUUUCCGUUAGGAGAUCAUUCAUUUAUUUUCUAGCUAUUGAGGUGCUGAUUACAUCUCGUUGGUCUCGUGCAUAUUGUAUAGUCUCUGUGAUGGUGAGACGAGACAAGCUACUGAAGCUGUUGUGACAUGACUGAGACAUUCAAUCUUACACACUCAAUCAGUCCUGCUCUAUAUAUCUAUUUAUAUAUAUAUAUAUAUAUAUAUAUAUAUAUAUAUAUAUAUAUAUAUAUAUAUAUAUAUAUAUAUAUAUAUAUAAUUUUUGUUGUCACAGUGAAUGCAUGCCAUGGCUGUAUACACCAUCAAAUAUAUUAUACAGUAACCCUCUUCAGAUAUGUCAUAAGUAUAUGUGAAACUAAUUAUUCAGAACAUUUCUACAACGAUGCUGCACUGGCAUACACAGCUCGGAGUAGCUUUUGUGUUAACUGCCUUCAGAAUCGAUCUUGUUUAAAUUUGUUUUGGCUAUUGACUCUGAAGUGGAGGUAACAGGUUUUAAUAAUGUUUAAAUCUGUCAAAGAAGAGCAAAGUAGAAAUGUCAGUGUCUAAACCUAAACAAAAUUAACUUGGUUAUACAUCAAAUCUUAACACCCAGUUUGCUUGUCCUGCUGCACUCAAUAGUUAUUUCAUAUAUUUAAGAUUUAGCAUUACGCUCCUGUCACUGUCACGUUGUCGGACUCACGAUGGACAAUUCCAUCAGUCGUCAAAAUCGAUGCAGCAGAUGCAGAGAUAUUCUCUUUAUUCCAUCCGUUGGUCUUCCUCGUAAAAACCUGGUACCUACAAUACCCAUAAUGCAACUCAACCACCGCAGAUUUAGGUGUGUUGUGCUAGUAGUGGCUAAUGUAGCCUCGAGGCGCUAGCCUCAUGCAGAGAUGAGGAGCUGCUACAGAGGUCUGGUAAGCUCACCUUUUUCUAGUCUCGCAUUGCGAGACCUAUCUCCACAGCGCUGUGUCAGAGCUGGAGUAUGGUCUGGCUAUACGCUUAUCUAUUCUGGGAUAGGGGGAAAAAUGCUCUGCCUUGUUUGUAUUGUUUUAAACCAAUCACAACCUUCCUGGGCAGCACUAAGCCCCGGGUGCAGUGACGGUGUCCUUGCAAAAUAGAUAGCAGAGAUCGGGAAAGGGAAGGACGUCAGGCUUUAUCCCAGCACUGUACAUCCGGUGAGCCAGACUAACCUCUAACUCCUCACCCUUUCCACCCCCAGCUAAAACCGACUCAAGUGACAUCACUUUCACGCAGCUCUCUGGAGACAUACACGUUUUAUGCAACUUGUCUUUACAUAAACAGGAGUACACCCCAAGACCUGUAAACAGACUGAUGUACAUUGGUGGAGUUCGCCUUUCAAAGAUGAUGUAAAAGUUUCUGAAAUUUCCAUAACCUCAGACAUUAAGGAUCAUUCUUGGUAAUUUUAGAAGGGGUGGGCUCUGAGGAUUUUCAAAUCCUUUCUAGUUUUUCAAAAGUUUUGUUCUAAGAUUGUCCUCACUUCAGUGUGGAAAGGGACGAUGGCUCAGAUGUAAAAAUAAACAAGCUUAACUUGCUUGUAUACUAUAUUAUUUAUAGAAGGUGCAGUUUGGGAAGUAACUGCAGGGUUUAAAAGCCAUAGGCUAAUAUUUAGCAAUCUGUACCUUCCGUAUAAAGAAUAAAAUUUGUAUCUUUACCCGCCUGCUUUUAAGUCAGAUUUUAUUUUUUUUUUAUUGGAAAAUAGUUAUUUUUCCUGAUAUCACAGUGUAAAGACAAUGUAUCUUCAAUUACGUCCUGGCUUUGUUACACUUGAUAACUAUAAAAUGAAUUCUUUAUGUCGACAGAGGUUUGGUUAUAAAAGGAGUACGUUUUGCAUCAUUACAUAUAUAAACCAUCUGUUAAAUUAUAACUUUUACAUUUUCACAUUUCCCAGAGAGUUAUUCUCGGCAAUGUGCUUUCCCCCUGUACAACAUGUAUUUGAGAAAACUUAUUUUGUUCAAUGGAUAAAGUACUGUAGUAGUGAAAGUUGUCAGAUCAAACUGGCCAGAGAGUAACUUCUAAGAGUGCUGUAUUUAAGUCAUGCCUUAAUUUUUGUAUGUUCUACUGUACAGUGUGCAUUUGAUUUGUGUUUAAUACCUACUGUAUGUGUACAGCAAUAAAAAAUACAAAUAA